AAAAAUAUUGAAAAAUUCUAACAUUUUCUAAUAAAACAAAGCAGGUUCCCAUCAGUGCUGGUUGAUUCCAUAUGAACGCAGCUCAUUGGUCAAUUUUUGACGCACGACGUAAAAACCCGGAAGUAAGCCGCUUGACAGUAAGCGCCGGGGAAAAAUGGCCGCGCGCAGGAACAUCCCUGUAGGUCUGCUGUUUAUUCUGUGCAGUUUGACGUUUUUAAUCGCUACAAACACUCAUGAAACGACGUCAACUAGCGAGCAUCCGGAUAAAGCGGUUAACCUGCCGGAAAAAAGUACCGAAACAGGUGGACAAACGACCGAACAGCCGGCGGUGGAGGAAAGACAAUGGGAACCAACCGAGUUUCAAGAAGAGACUGUAAAUGAUGCUGCAGCCGAAAAACAGGACGCAACUCCCCCCGAAACAACAACCACCUCUGCCGGAGCACACCCUAAAGAUGACUUUCAGGAGGAAUUGGUGAUAAGGCCUCUUCAAUCUGGAGAUGUGUACGCCAGUUUCCAGUUCCGCACCCUGUGGGAAACAGACUUCAUGAAAGGAAAUAAAGUUUCCCACUACCGGCUGUUCCCAAAGUCUCUUGGCCAGGUCAUCUCCAAGUUCUCAGUGCGAGAGCUUCACAUCUCCUUCACACAGGGCUACUGGAGGACCAUGCAGUGGGGGCAGCCCUUUAUGCCUUCCCCUCCUGGUGCUGAGCUCUGGGUCUGGUUCCAGGAUUCAGUAACAGAUGUGGAUGGCACAUGGAAAGAGUUGACAAAUGUUUUAUCUGGGAUCUUCUGUGCUUCACUGAACUUCAUCGACUCCACAAACACGGUUCAACCAAGUGCUUCCUUCAAGCCCCUCGGUAUAGGAAAUGUGACCGACCACCGCUUCCUCCGUUACGCUACCCUCCCACGAGAGAUUGUCUGUACUGAAAAUCUGACGCCUUGGAAGAAACUUUUGCCAUGUGGCUCCAAGGCUGGUCUUGCAGUCCUAAUGAAGUCAGAGAAGCUCUUCCACAGCAGUUUCCACUCACAGGCGGUUCACAUCAGACCAGUGUGUCAGGACUCGGAGUGUACGACCACAUCAUGGGAGCUGAGACAGACACUCAAUGUAGUCUUUGACCUGCACACGUCUGGACAGGGCAAACGAGAGUGGUCGCUGUUCAAGAUGUUUUCUCGGACUUUGACAGAAGCUUGUCCACUGGCGUCUUCCAGUAAAAUCUACAUCGAUAUCACAGACAACCCUCAGGGGGAGCAGUUUGAGCUGACCCCAGCCACUCACCUGCUGAGCCAGGCAGUGGUGCUCGGGGACAGACGGACCUUCUCUGUGUACGACUUGACUGAAGCAAACACCUUUGGCUCCAUGCGCUCGCUUAACCUGCUGAUUCGCUGGAAAUCCAGUGAAGGCGACAUGUUGCGUCCUCUGCUCCACGCCGAGCGCUACGUGGCGGGCUACGGGCUGCAGACAGGCGAGAUCCACACGCUGAUGUAUAACUACCACCCCUUCAGGUCUUUCCCCAUCCUCCUGCUGGACUCAGUGCCCUGGUACCUUCGCCUUUACAUCCACACGCUCACCGUUACCAGCAAAGGAAAGGACAACAAGCCCAGUUACAUCCACUACCAGCCGUCGAAGGACCGUGUGAGGCCCCACCUGCUGGAGAUGCUGGUUCAACUUCCUCCCAACUCCGUCACCGAGGUCACGGUGCAGUUUGAGAGGGCGCUGCUCAAAUGGACCGAGUACACACCGGAUCCAAACCACGGCUUCUACGUCGGGUCUUCAGUCAUCAGCGCUCUUGUACCAAGUAUGGUUGCCAUGGAUACAAACAAUACGAAGGAACGUCCUCUUUUCAGCAGCUUUUUCCCGUGUAAAGAGGAGUCCAGCUACUUUGUUCGCAUCUACACCGAGCCCCUGCUGGUCAACCUGCCGACCCCAGACUUCAGCAUGCCCUACAACGUCAUCUGCCUGACCUGCACUGUGGUGGCUGUGGGCUACGGCUCGCUGUACAACCUCCUGACCCGGAGUUUCCAGAUUGAAGAGCCAAACCCACGACUGGCUAAGAGGAUAGCCAACGUCAUCCGCAGACUGAGGGGGGUGCCGCCCCUCGCCUGAGGCCGGACGCCGGGGACAACUGGGUCCGCUUUUAGAAAGGAAGCGCUCCUUUUGGUGCAACCGCUGGUAAAUAUGUGAUAUUCAGGGAAGGACUAAGUCAAGCACUGGGGACGAAUGUUGGUAAAACACUGAGCUUGUUUGUGUCAGAUGGAGGAAGAGAAAAUGUGUUUGUGCGCUCAGAUUUUGCCUGCUACGGACAUGAACCGAAGGCGUUUAUCUGAUUGGAUGGAAAAUACGAGCUCUGUUAAUGUUUUAGGAAACCAAAGUUGUGAGGCAGUUGUGUUGGAACAUCAUCGGAUAUUUGGUUGUUUUUGUUUUGUUUUUUUGGGUGUUUGAACCCCAUCACAAAACGAAGGUUCUGAGGUCACUGUGAGGAAACUGAGAAA